UCGAGGGAGUGGCCGCGGUGGAAUCAAUACUCGGAUCCAUCUACGCCCUCUCGACCCGAACCCCCUGCCUGUUUGACCAUGGCCGGACCCAAGCCCACCUCCGCCGCACUGGUCGCCCUCUUCAUCCUCUCGGCCCUGGCCGCCCCCGCCCAUGGCCUUGACCGCUUCGUCGUUCAGGGCCGCGUCUACUGCGACACCUGUCGGUUCGGGUUCGAGACCAAGGCCACGACCUACAUUGCAGGUGCAAAGGUGAGGGUAGAAUGCAGGGACAGGGCAACGGGACAGCUGACGUAUGGGAUCGCGGGAGUGACGGAUGCGACGGGAACAUAUAGGAUCCCGGUGGAGGAGGAGAGGCCGGACGAGAUCUGCGAGGCAAUCCUGAUCAGCAGCCCCCAGCCCGGCUGCACCGAGCUCGAGAAGGGCCGCGAGCGCGCCAGCAUCCUCCUCACCAGCAACAGCGGCAUCUCCUCGCCCACCCGCUACGCCAAUUCCCUCGGCUUCAUCAAGGACACUCCCCUGCCUGUCUGCACCCAGCUGAGCCAGCUCUAUGAGAUCGAGGCUUAAAGAAACAUGAGCCCGGAGGGCCACCAACUUCAUCUUUCAUUUUCUUUUUUUAUUUUUCUUGGCCAUCUUCAUCCACCUAUAAGAAUAAGAGUGAAAGAAAUUGAGUGAUGCUUAUAGUCAAGUUCACUAAAUUAUCACUCAUUUUUUCUGUCGUCAGUUUGAUACAAGCAUGGCCUGUAAUUGAGUCUUGGAGUGUGUGCCAUGGUCGCAGUUGUAACUUGCCAAAUUCUUCUUGUGCUUCACUGAAAAAAAUCAAAAGAAUUUGCCACAUCAA